CAGAACAAACUGCAAAUGCAGACAGUUCUGCUUGAUGCUCUCUCUCUCACUCUCUCUUUCUCACUCCAUCUACAGCUGUAGUCUGCCAACUCCAAUCCAAACCCUAAACCUUCAAACAAUGAAACCUUUCUCUCUCAAACACUAACCCUAAAUGGCACCAAAGAGAAGCUUCGUCCCUAUCUUCCUCCUCCUUUCUUUCUCCGCUCUCAUCCUUUUUUCUCUCCACCAAUCCUCUCUCCCCAUCUCCUCCUCCUCCUCCUCCUCGAACUCCUUAGAUCACUCUUCCCCAACCUUCAAUGCUCUUCCAAAUCGUCAACCCAACACGCCCAAUUUCACUCUCACCAUCAAAGUCCUCGCCUUCGACCGCCUCGCUUCUCUCUCCCGCUGUCUUCUUUCCCUUGGCAACGCCGAUUACGUUAAUGACAGGGUCAAUCUUCAUAUAUUCAUCGACCACUUCAAAGAUCUGGAUUCGAGCGAUAAUGGGUCUGUGAAUUUGGACCUGAAAUUGAAUGAAUCGCGUGAAAUUUUGGAUUUUGUUGAUGGGUUUUCUUGGAAAUUCGGUGAAAAGAUGGUGCAUUAUCGAACCGGGAAUGUUGGGUUACAGGCGCAGUGGUUGGAAGCGUGGUGGCCCAGUUCGGAUGACGAGUUUGCGUUUGUUGUAGAAGAUGAUUUGGAGGUUUCACCGUUGUAUUACAGAUUUAUUAGGGCUUUGAUUGUUACUUAUUACUAUAAUGCUUCGAAUUUUAGUCCUUCGAUUUAUGGAGCAUCACUGCAGCGACCAAGGUUUGUCCCAGGUAAACAUGGAAACAAAAUUCAAUUGGAUAGCGGAACACAACUUUUCUUGUACCAGCUGGUUGGCACUUGGGGUCAGCUUCUGUUUCCAAGACCUUGGAAAGAGUUUCGUUUGUGGUAUGACACACACAAGGGCAAGGGCAUCAAGCCAUAUCUUCAGGGGAUGGUGACAACAGGAUGGUACAAAAAGAUGGGGGAGAGAAUAUGGACUCCUUGGUUCAUAAAAUUUAUUCAAUCUCAUGGGUAUUUUAAUAUAUAUACCAAUUUUUUACAUGAGAGAGCUCUCAGUGUUUCUCAUAGGGAUGCUGGCGUUAACUAUGGAAAAACAGCAGGGCCAGAUUCAUAUUUACUGGAUGACAGUUCUCUUGAUUUCAACCUUGUAGAAAUGCAGCCAUUGAAUAAUCUAAAGUGGUAUGAUUUUUGUUUCAGAGAAGUACUUCCUGAUAGGGUUGUAAGGAGUUUCGAUGAACUUGGCUCUGUUCUUCACUCUGUGCAGAAAUUGGGGACUAUUAUACUCGUGAGCCUUCAUAACACAUCAGAGCCUGCCACGAGGAAUAUGCUCUGCCACUUUGAGAGGCUAAAUAUUCGAAACUAUAUCUUCGUGGGCCCAAAAUCUAAUUUUCAACUUGAUCUUGCAAGAAGGGGGCAUCCUGUGAUCGAUGUGGACCAAUUUUUUGAGAGUAUCAGGGCUCACAAGUCAAUAGGUUUCCCAGAAUCCACUUUGGAGCUGAUCAAGAUGAUUUUAGUGAAGACCUAUGUAAUUAAAAAGUCUUUAGACCUUAAUUAUAAUACCUGGGUGCUGGAUGGGAACAUGCUUCCAGUCAGCAAUGAUUCAUUUCUUGAUUCCAUUCAUAGCAGCUAUGAUUUCUAUGUUGGGAAGAUCUCUGAACUUCUAUUUGUCAGGAGAUCAUCACUUGCUUGGAAGAUUUGGGUUCACGAUUUCAUGGGCAAGGUUGCAAAGAUGGCAGACUCUUCGAUAAGUGAAGAAUCAUUUUUGAGGGAUGGCAGGAAUUUUGUGUAUAUGGUGGCGAAUCUUUUGGAACAAAAGGGUGUGAAAAUUAAGGGGGUUGAUGAUAUGAGCUUUGAUGUGAAUGCUGAUACCGAUAAUGUUAAUGAAACCUUUCUGGUAGACGGAAAGAAGAUGGUCUUCUGGUCUUAUCAGAUGGGUGUUGAUGUAAUUCAGAAACGACUUGAAAAAUUAGGUAUGUGGAUUGUAGAUGGUGACUUUUCUUGUACUGCUGUUGUUUGUUACCAGUCAUAACAUUUGGUGGCAAUUGUAAUUUUUAGCCACUGAUUGAUGAGUUAUUUUAUUUACAAUUUUCUGCCAAACAUCACCUAUUUUUUGGCACCUCUGGUGUGCUCAGAGCCUGUAGUAAUAUAAAACUACUAGUUUAUUUUUAA